GCCCACGUGGUAUGACGGUUUGCAUAGAGUGUCUUGACGCGCCCAUCGUCCUUUUUUCUAACUCACUCUCUUUCUAUUCCAUCCUUAUUCUCUGCCGCUGUUGACCUUGUUCGUGAUGCUCCGCAACGCCCUCGCCUCCGUCGUUCGCCCUGUCACCCAGGCCAGAACUGCGACCACGCUUUCGGCGGGUUUCCCCAAGGUCUCUCAGAGACUACCCACCAAGUAUGGCGGAGUGUACACGGUCACUCUGAUCCCUGGUGACGGUAUCGGUAACGAGAUCACAGACUCCGUCAAGGAGAUCUUCGAGUAUGUUAACGCUCCCAUUGAGUGGGAGCAGUACAACGUCUCCGGUGUUGACCCCUCCGGAGAGGCCCUCUUCAAGCAAGCCAUGGACAGUCUGAGACGUAACCGUGUCGGUCUCAAGGGCAUUCUCUUCACCCCAAUCUCCACCUCCGGACACAUCUCGUGGAACGUCGCCAUGCGUCAACAGCUUGACAUCUAUGCCUCCGUCGUUCUUUGCAAGUCCCUUCCCGGUUUCCCUACACGUCACGAGAAUGUCGACUUUGCCAUCAUCCGUGAAAACACCGAGGGUGAAUACUCUGGUCUUGAGCAUCAGAGCUACCCCGGUGUCGUUGAGAGCUUGAAGGUCUCCACCCGAACAAAGGCUGAGCGUAUCAGCCGAUUCGCGUUUGACUUCGCCUUGAAGAACGACCGCAAAAAAGUCACCUGCGUGCACAAGGCCAACAUCAUGAAACUCGGUGAUGGUCUUUUCCUCAAUACUUUCCGUCAAGUUGCCCAGGAAUACAAGUCAUCUGGCAUCGAGUUCAACGAUAUGAUUGUUGAUAACACCUCCAUGCAAUUGGUUGCUCGUCCGACACAGUUCGACGUGAUGGUCAUGCCCAAUUUGUACGGUGCAAUCGUUUCUAACAUUGGUGCUGCGCUUGUCGGUGGUCCUGGAAUCGUUCCUGGCUGCAACGUUGGUCGGGAAUACGCUCUCUUCGAGCCUGGAUGCAGACACGUCGCGCAGGAUAUCAUGGGUACUAACCGUGCCAACCCGGCAGCUAUGAUUCUCAGUGCUACCAUGAUGCUUCGUCACCUUGGUCUCGACAACCUUGCGAACAACAUCGCGGGCGCGACCUUUGACGUCAUUAACGCUGGCAAGGUUCGCACCGCUGACAUGGGCGGCUCUGCGACCACAUCUGAGUUCACCGCUGCUGUCGUCAAAAACAUUCAAUAGAGUCUCAACCAGACAGAUUGCAUGGUGGGCUGGAGCACAGCGGUCAUUCAAUAGACAUUGUCCACAUAUUUUACAAUAAUCUACAGGAUCCUAGAGCGUAGAAGUACAAUACUAUGAUGACCCUAACGUAUUUCGUUAUGACC